GGGGCUCUGGUGGGGAGGAGUCAGCCCCGGAAGGCGACUAUAAAAAGCGUCGGCUGGCAGCUCGGAGCUACUAAGCCAGUGAGCGCACGGAGUCGAGCGCGGAGCGCCUUCUGCGCUGAGUGGCAGUGGUCUGGUGCUGGGGGAGCACUGUGCCGGAGUGAGGUCGGAAUCUUCACUCCACUUCCCGCGAGCUCCUGUCCCGCUUGCUUACGCUCAGGAGCUCAACGCGUGGGAUCAGAUACCAGACUCCGGGAUGCUGUACUCCAGACCCCCGAGGCGUGGCAGGAUCUCAGUCAUCAACCUGAGAUGUUGAGGACACCAUCGCCCGGGGAAUGCAUUCGACGGGAGGUGGAUCUCUGCUUUGCUUAGCUUGUGCCCCUGUGAAUGGCACCAGAUGUUCACACAAACAACAGUGUCUCAUGGAAGACAGAGGAUCCCUAGGCAGGUCUCACAAGGAGCUCGGUGCAGGGAACGCGCCUACCCUGUGGCUAAUGGUGAGCUUCGCAAAUCUGCACCUUGUCACGACCACGUAAGCAAGGUCUCCUGGGUCGCCUAGCCUGACUCUGCCCUCCCAGCGAUACGCUGGCACCGGGCGGGAGGAGAUGAUCUGAUGUUAGACGACCUCAGUGGUCUCUGCUGUUAUUUAAACAAACACUAAGCUUGGCAGCACUGCCGGAACAUUGGUGACCCCUGGCAACAGACAUCAUCUGCAAGAAGGUUCGCGCAAGAUUGACAGAAAAACCAAGGUCUCCAUAAGGCACAAACCUGAGUUGUCCACGGUUCUCAAGCUCUCCUCUCUGGGAACGAGGUCGGGCGACAUCUCGGAAUGAACCCCAGAGAAAGCGUGUGCUCCUGACAAGAGCGUUGCGCCGGUGUUAGCCAAGAACUGGACAUUCUACCCGCACCAGGUCUGAGGUUCUCAGUACUGCUCCGAACAGCCAACUCUGACCACAGAUCAGAAGGAUUCUUUGUUUCCUCCACUUGAAAGGGAUGAAGUCCAGGAGCAUCCCUCAGAUGCUGGGAGUUUUCUGUGACUCUCCUCAGCUGGUGAUGUCACUACAACAGAAGUGUAUUCCCAACUCAUGCUGAAGUCUGGGCUGUCUUCUUUGUGCUAGUGUUCAGUCUCCUGGGUCCCUGUGGCUUCCAGCAUGACGGCUGUGUUCCUGGAUGAAGAGAGCAGCAGAAGGGCUCCUGACUGCUCGUCAUAGGUCAGAAGCACUUCAAGAGAGGAGAUGAUCUGUGCUUGCACCUCUGUGAAGGCACUGUCACAGGAAUGAACCACUUGGAACAUGCUUGGGGUACAGGUCUUCUGCAGAGAAGCUUCUCAGAACUGCUGUUCUCAAUUGAAUGUGGUGACAACCCCGGGACUCCAAGACAGUCAUAGAAGGAUUGACAAAGCUCCUGUACCUGGCAUUCAUGAACUCUCAUUCUGUUGUUCCUGCAUCUCCAAGGCUGGCACAGCAGCUCCAUUGGGAACACUGGACACCUAGCAACUUGGUUUGUUACCGUGAACAUAUGCGAUGACCUGAAGUGUAGGUCUGACAAGGAAACCGUAUGAUUCUUCUCACAUGCUGAUGGAGUUCCCACACCCUUCAGGCACAGGCCAGCCGAGACCAUCAUGACCGAUGUCUUUGCAACCCUGUAGCCUGACCAGUGUAGAGUCAGCUGACUACCCCCAAGAAGUCCCCAACAUCAUUCCCUGCGAGCUCUUCUGAGGCCUUCCACAGCUGAAACCCGCUUCCAGCCUGUCUUACCAACAAAGAAGCUUAAUUCCAACCUCACUGCCAGAAGCUUCAGUGGCCAGCUGAAAGUGCUGUCCUUGGUAGACAGUUCCCAAGAGAAACCUGGACAUCUGUAGGAUCCACAGCAGCAGGACCGUCUCCCGGCCCUGGGAGUUACUCUGUGCUGGAAAGCUUGAAGUCUGUGUGUUCUGCAAUGUGGCAGUUAUGGGCAUAGGGGCCUCUCUACCCCCUGUGGCUCAGACACUGGAGAGAACACUGUCGAAGGUGUAAUAACAGGAAAGGGUACUGGGCAGUGCUCCCUUCUGUGGAAGUGUUCUUACAUGAGAACUGUGAGGUCUUCACAAGUCCAUCCUGGGGAAUGUUCUCCUACCUCGUACUGUCCCACCAGGUUCCAUCAUAAAGUGAGGGUGCCAAUUGUUCAGGUCUGACUUCCCUGGAGAAUGUGGCCCAGUGAGGUUAUAAGGCUCGUUGGCAGCUGGUGGCAGGUUGCCUUUGUUUUCUCUCUAAGCCGGCUGAGACCUGAGAAGGGUGCUAUGUCUUUCCCCUGAGGUCUGGAUGGUCUGAGGUCACUGCCAUCCCUCUUCAAGUUAUGAAGCACUCCUCUCUGGGAGCCAUAGGAAAGGUGGCCUCCCAGAUGUGAGAGACAAGUGCCCCUGUUGUUCUAGCAGAGCCGGUCUGGGUCGGGCAGGGUGCUGGAAGAGGACACACGGGCUUUGAUUCUGAAUUGUUUCUUCCUCCCAAACCCUCCUCCCAGCCCACCUGUGCAGAAGGUCCCCUCUUCCUGCCUCGGUUGGCUGAGCUAGCACAAAGAGCUUCACUGAGCUCAGGGUCAGGGGCAUCAGAUUAGCCACCGAGCAGGCCUGAGAGGUGGAGCCUCUGUGAGCCACUUUCUUGGGAUAAUGUCUGCUUGUUCUGGGCACAAACACAGGUCUGUUGGGAAGGACCUGGGGAGACGACUCAGAAACUAGAGCUACCCUUCCCAAAGCUCAGGCAGAUCUCUGGGCACAAAGACAAAGACAAAACAAAACAAAACCAAGAAUCUGUGCUGUUAAAAUUCCCAUCCUGAUGUUUAUCUAGAUUCCUGUAGUCACCUUCUACAUGAGUAAAAAGUAAAAUGAAUCAAUCACAGAACAAAUCUUUAAAAAAACACAAGUUUAAUAAAAGAAAUUACAUUGUCUCAACCUAAGAAUGAGUCCACACCCAGAGUUAUUUCUGCCCUGGAUUUCUUCUCAUUAGCUUUGCUGUUCUCAGUGCUUGGUUCCUACUACAUGACUCAUGAGAGUUACUGGAGGUCCAGCCAUCAUAUCUGCAUCCCAGCCAUCAGAUAGGCAGAAGAAAGGAAGGGAAGUUUUUUUUUUUUUCCUUUCCCUCAAGGGCAUUUGCUGGAAAUCUGCUUUAUUGAUUGAACUUAAUCCCAAGGCCACAGGGAAACUGAAGAGUGCGCUGCCUAUUCAAGGUGGCUAGGCACCCACAUAAAAAUUAGGGGUUCUGUUACUGGGCAAAGACGAGACAGAUGAGCAGCACACACUGACGACAUCAAGUUCAAAGAUCAGACGAUCUACUAUGUCCCGCAUUAGGCAACAAGGUCCAGAGAAGUCCGUGAAUCAGCAGAGAGCACACCAGCAAGCCUGUGGCAGUGGAUUCCCAACUUACGUUUGGUUUCUUCUGUUUCUGGGCUUAAGUAGAAAGACUCUAUUUCAAAGGGAGGGAGCUUGAGGGCCACUCAGCUGAGAGCCUCGGGACAGAGACAGAAUGGUGACCGAGUUUGCGUGUCCAGAUCUGCCUGGCCCUGAGUCAUGGGAGCAAGGUGUUGGAAUGAGAGCUGCUGGGAGCCACAAUGUCUCCCUCAAGAUUGUGCUGGCCAUGGGCUGCCUCCUUCUGGUCGGCUUUUCGGGGGCUGCAUCUGCAGUGACAACUGAGUGUCCUGACCAGAGUCCUGAGCUGCAGCCUUGGAGCCCUGGCCAUGACAGAAACCAUCAAGUACACAUUGGCCAUGGCAGGAAACUACUGCUCACCUCUUCUGCCACCGUUCACUCCAUCACUAUCUCAGGGGGAGGAAAGCUCGUCAUUAAAGACCGCCAUGAGCACAUCGUGCUGCGCACGCGGCACAUCCUGAUUGAUGAUGGUGGAGAACUGCAUGCUGGGAGUGCCCUCUGUCCUUUUGAGGGCAACUUCAGUAUUGUGCUGUAUGGAAGAGCCGAUGAAAGCAUCCCGCCGGACCCUUACUAUGGCCUGAAGUACAUCGGAGUGGGCAAAGGAGGCACUCUUGAGUUGCAUGGGCAGAAAAAGCUUUCCUGGACUUUUCUAAACAAGACCCUUCAUCCGGGUGGCAUGCAGGAGGGAGGAUAUUUUUUUGAAAGGAGCUGGGGUCACCGUGGAGUCAUUGUUCAUGUCAUUGACGCCAAAUUGGGCACAGUUGUCCAUUCUGAUCGGUUUGACACUUACAGAUCCAAGAAAGAGAGCGAACGUCUGGUCCAGUAUUUAAAUGCAGUGCCUGAUGGCAGGAUUCUUUCUGUCGCAGUGAAUGACGAAGGUUCUAGAAACCUGGAUGACACAGCCCGGAAAGCAAUGACCAAACUGGGCAGCAAGCACUUCCUCCACCUUGGAUUUAGACACCCUUGGAGCUUCAUCACUGUGAAAGGAAAUCCCUCCUCUUCAGUUGAAGACCACAUUGAAUACCAUGGUCACAAAGGCUCGGCUGCUGCCCGGGUUUUCAAACUGUUCCAGACAGAGCAUGGCGAACACUUCAAUGUUUCUUCAUCCAGCGAAUGGGUUCAAGAUGUGGAAUGGACAGAGUGGUUUAACCAUGAUAAGGUGCCUCAGAGCAAAGGUGGGGAGAAAAUCUCAGAUCUGCGAGCAGCUUAUCCAGGAAAAAUCUGCAAUCGACCCAUUGAUAUACAGGCCACAACAAUGGAUGGAGUUGCCCUCAGCACUGAGGUUGUCUACAAAAAUGGCCAAGAUUACAGGUUUGCUUGCUACACCCGGGGCAGAGCCUGCCGCAACUAUCGAGUGAGAUUCUUAUGCGGAAAACCUGUGAGGCCAAAGCUCACGGUUAGCAUCGACACCAACGUAAACAGCACAAUCCUGAGUCUGGUGGACAAUGUGCGGUCCUGGAGGCCUGGAGACACCCUGGUCGUCGCCAGCACUGACUACUCGAUGUACCAGGCAGAAGAGUUCCAGGUGCUCCCCUGCAAAGCAUGCACCUCUACACAGGUCAAAGUGGCAGGGAAGCCCCAAUACCUACAUAUCGGGGAAGAGAUUGAUGGCGUAGACAUGCGGGCUGAGGUCGGACUUCUGACUCGGAACAUUGUGGUGAUGGGGGAGAUGGAGGACAGAUGCUAUCCCUACAGCCAUCAUAUCUGUGACUUCUUUGACUUCGAUACCUUUGGGGGCCACAUCAAGUUUGCACUGGGGUUUAAAGCAACCCACUUGGAGGGUGUGGAGCUGAAGUACAUGGGGCAGCAGCUGGUGGGCCAGUACCCAAUUCACUUUCACCUGGCUGGAGAUUUGGAUGAACAGGGAGGCUAUGACCCACCUACGUACAUCAGGGACCUCUCCAUUCAUCACACAUUCUCCCGCUGCGUCACUGUCCAUGGCUCCAAUGGUCUGUUGAUCAAGGAUGUUGUGGGCUAUAAUUCUUUGGGCCACUGCUUCUUCACCGAAGAUGGGCCAGAGGAACGCAACACUUUUGACCACUGCCUUGGCCUCCUUGUUAAGUCAGGGACCCUCCUCCCAUCGGAUCGGGAUAGCAGGAUGUGCAAAGUGAUCACAGAGGACUCAUACCCAGGAUACAUCCCCAAGCCCAGGCAGGACUGCAAUGCUGUGUCCACAUUUUGGAUGGCAAAUCCCAACAACAAUCUCAUCAACUGUGCAGCUGCGGGGUCUGAGGAAACUGGGUUUUGGUUCAUUUUUCACCAUGUGCCGACAGGCCCCUCCGUGGGAAUGUACUCCCCAGGUUAUUCUGAGCACAUCCCACUGGGGAAGUUCUACAACAACCGAGCACAUUCUAACUACCGGGCCGGCAUGAUCAUAGACAAUGGAGUCAAGACCACUGAGGCCUCAGCCAAGGACAAGCGGCCCUUCCUCUCCAUCAUCUCUGCCAGGUACAGCCCCCACCAGGAUGCAGACCCACUGAAACCCCGAGAACCAGCCAUUAUCCGACACUUCACCGCCUACAAGAACCAGGAUCAUGGAGCCUGGCUGCGGGGUGGGGAUGUGUGGCUGGACAGCUGUCGGUUUGCUGAUAAUGGCAUCGGUCUGACCCUGGCCAGUGGUGGAACCUUCCCAUAUGAUGAUGGCUCGAAGCAGGAGAUAAAGAACAGCUUGUUUGUUGGUGAAAGUGGCAAUGUGGGCACAGAAAUGAUGGACAACAGGAUCUGGGGCCCAGGUGGCUUGGACCACAGUGGAAGGACCCUCCCUAUUGGCCAGAAUUUUCCAAUUAGAGGAAUUCAGUUCUACGAUGGCCCCAUCAACAUCCAGAACUGCACCUUCCGAAAGUUUGCAGCCCUCGAGGGCAGACACACUAGUGCCUUGGCCUUCCGCCUAAACAAUGCCUGGCAAAGCUGUCCUCACAACAAUGUGACCAACAUUGCCUUUGAGGAUGUCCCGAUUACUUCCAGAGUGUUCUUCGGAGAGCCCGGGCCCUGGUUCAACCAGCUGGACAUGGAUGGGGACAAGACAUCUGUGUUCCAUGAUCUGGACGGCUCUGUGUCGGAGUACCCUGGCUCCUAUCUCACUAAGGACGACAAUUGGCUGGUUCGACACCCAGACUGCAUCAACGUCCCAGACUGGAGAGGGGCCAUCUGCAGCGGGCGCUAUGCACAGAUGUACAUCCAGGCCUACAAAAGCAGCAAUCUGCGCAUGAAGAUCAUCAAGAACGACUUCCCCAGCCAUCCCCUCUACCUGGAGGGGGCCCUCACCAGGAGCACCCACUACCAGCAGUAUCAGCCUGUCAUCACCCUGCAGAAGGGCUAUACCAUCCACUGGGACCAGACGGCCCCUGCUGAGCUUGCCAUCUGGCUCAUCAACUUCAACAAGGGUGACUGGAUCCGAGUGGGGCUCUGCUACCCAAGAGGCACCACCUUUUCCAUCCUUUCAGAUGUUCACAAUCGCCUGCUAAAGCAAACGUCCAAGACUGGGACCUUCGUGAGGACUCUGCAGAUGGACAAAGUUGAGCAGAGCUAUCCUGGCAGGAGCCACUACUACUGGGAUGAGGAUUCUGGGUUGCUCUUCUUGAAGCUAAAAGCCCAGAAUGAAAGGGAGAAAUUUGCUUUCUGCUCCAUGAAGGGCUGUGAGAGAAUCAAGAUCAAAGCUCUGCUCCCAAGGAAUGCAGGCAUCAGCGACUGCACAGCUACUGCUUACCCCAGGUUCACUGAGAGGGCCGUAGUGGAUGUGCCAAUGCCCAGGAAGCUGUUCGGGGCUCAGCUGAAGACAAAAGACCACUUCCUGGAAGUGAAGAUGGAAAGUUCCAGGCAACAUUUCUUUCACCUUCGGAAUGACUUCGCUUAUAUUGAAGUGGAUGGGAGGAGGUACCCUUGCUCAGAAGAUGGCAUCCAGAUAGUGGUGAUUGAUGGGAGUCGAGGUCAUGUGGUAAGCCUCGGUAGCUUCAGAAAUGCCAUUCUGCAGGGCAUACCAUGGCAACUCUUCAACUACGUGGCGGCUAUCCCUGACAAUUCCAUAGUGCUCAUGGCAUCAAAGGGCAGAUACAUCACCAGAGGCCCAUGGACCAGGGUGCUGGAAAAGCUUGGAGCAGACAAAGGUCUCAAGUUGAAAGAAAAGAUGACAUUUGUCGGCUUCAAAGGCAACUUUCGACCCAUCUGGGUGACUCUGGAAACGGAGGACCACAAGGCCAAAAUCUUCCAAGUGGUGCCCAUUCCUGUGGUGAGAAAGAAGAAGUUGUAAGAAGAUUUGCCACUUGGUACCACCCCAGGCUGGACCCAUACAGCAACUGGGGACAGGAUGGCUAGGUCCCCUCAUUUUCAGCUCUGCUGGGCUAAGGGACAAAUAUCAGAGACCUUGGUGCUGCCACCUGCCCCUACUCAAGUCUACCUGCAGCCUCUGGGCAGUGUUGGCCGAUGCUACAACCUCCUCUUGGGUGCUUCUCUCCUACCUGUACCUCAGCAGCAGGCAUGGGGACCAUACAAAGAGACCUGGGUUGUGCUGGCAGCAAAGGGCCAUUUGGACAGGAGUCUGAACCCACCUAGGGGAUGGUCUGGAUAAUGGGACCACUCACAGUUUUCCACAGUCACUUUCAGAUUCAUUAAGUGGCAGAUGGAGGGGGUACCUCUUUAUUCCUGUAAGCGAGGGUCUGGCUUCCUGGGUUUAGGAGCUGGAGUGCAGACAGAGCUGUCCAGUGUGGCAGACAACACUGGGGAGGAGACGGAACCCUGUCUACAGGGGAUGCUUGUUCAAGAGACUUCAGCUGGCACAUUGGAACAGGGACUAGGUGGCUGCUGUUUGUCCCUCCUGAGAUUGUAGAAUCUCUAUUGUGUUUUGCUCUGUGCCUGGAGCCCAUCAGUAGAAAUAAUCAUUGUAGCUGACAUCUCCACUGAGUACCCUGGAUAUAAUAAAUGGAGCGGUGAAAACUCACCCCUGGGAGUCAGCUGGUGACAGGCAGCCAGGUCUCAGCACACUCUGAUACCAGGUUGAGAGCCCAGAAAGAUGUGACACAGUUGAGCAGAGGUAGAGUGGAGGAGGGGAACUUCACCACACCAAGAAUGUGGGGAAGGCUUCUUCUGAGAGGUGGUGGUUCUGGCAGGAGUGAAGGACAGAGAUGAUGGAGAGAGAUGAAGUAGCCUCUGGCAUGGCUCAGAAGCGAAGGCUUUCCUGCCACCACCUGCAGCAUCUGAGUCAUGUCAGGUCACCUCUUACCCUAAGCAGCUGACUCACUUGUGAUAGAGAAGUAGAGUCUGCAAAAGAGAAAUGGAUUGCAUUGCAAUGCACAGAGCCUUAUUCGGAUUGGUCUCCAACCAGCUCUCUCUGACUCAGAGAGGUGGGAGUGGAGUUCACACACAGGCCUGAGGCUCUACAAUGGGUCUCUAGUGCACUUCAGUCAGGAAAUCUGAGCAUGCUCACAUCAUAGUGAACCUGGAGUGUCAGAGAUGGAGAGGACCUUGGGGGCCCUCAAGGGCCAUCUAGUCCAUCACUUUGUACCUACAUCUGAGGAAAAUGGUAUGAACCACAGUCAGGUCUGCGAGCCCCAAGCUCUGUACCCACUGCCACACCAUACUGCCUCUGUGGCUAGCCUGGGAUGUCCAGUAUUCCCAAGAUAGCGUUUGGAAGGGAGUAUAGUCCCUAGAAGGGGAGAAAAGGUCCAGAAUAUAAUGGCCUUUUUAAAAGGGCUUUUCCUACUUGCCCCUCAGUACACACUGCCCACUCUCCUCUUGGCAGCAGCCCUGCCACUUUCUUUACACUGCCAGCCACAUGUGGACAUGGGCUACUCAUGACUGUGGAAUUCUCUUGGUGCCACCUUAUUCCUCAGUGGUGCUGGUAUGCCCAAUGGAUAGCAUCAAGAUAUGCCAAUGUGUUUUUGUUGGGCCAGUUGGUUCCUUGUGGGGAUCUGAGAGUGGUUGACUCCAGUCCAGGGUCUUUCAGUUUCUAUUCACUCUGUCUGAGCAAACAGCUUCAAUGCCCGGAUGAGUGGAAACUAUCCAUGCUCAGUAAUCUUCUGCGACAUCAGGGUUUCUCUGUGUUUCAUGAAUGGAAUUGGUUCCCUUUCCUCCACAACCACAAACUCAUUCUUUCAAAGAAGACUUGCUUUGGUCCCCUCUGUCCAGUGGUGUCAAGGAGCCUUAGUCCCAGAGUCCACUCUCCAGGUUGAGCCAACUCCCAGAGGGUCUUUCCCACUGAAUGGGUCUUCCAGCUGCUGGGAAGUGGCUGUGGAGCCACGCCUCUUAAGACACAGUGGCUUCAGUUGCCAAUGUCAGAGGGAAGACCUCUUCUGGGGAGAUGAGUGGGGAGGGGAGGGGAUAAAAGUGACCUCAUGUUUUUUCUUGUGUAAGUUUCAUUGAAUUUUUAAUGCGAGGGUCUCACACUGUGAACCACUUAAGACGCGAUCACUUUCAGGUGGCCAUGAAUGUUGAAUGUCUUUGGCUCAGUUCAUUUCAGCAAAUACCUAUUGGAAAGUUCUCCGGGUUGUACAUAUGUUGAACAGUACAGUGUUCUGUACAGAAAGCGUUCUUUCCUAAAGCAUCCAACAAGAGUCGAUGUACAGGCAUUUUCUUGGUAGCACAAGUGUCUUUCUUGCUUAGAAAGUUGCUCUUGUCCUUUCUGUUCACCAGCCUUGCCAUUGAGUCAGGGGCCUUUGAUUGAAAGGCCCAUCUGUCCCGUUGGCUAAAUAGCUGGCCCUUCCUCGUGAAUUGGAUGCACAGCAUGUUUUGUAUGUAAAUGUUCCUUAUAGGUGUCACCAUGAACAAAGAUAUAUUUUCUAUUUAUUUAUUAUAUGUUCACUUCAAGAAGUCACUGUCAGAGAAGUGAAGAGUCAUUUUAAAUAUUAUAUUAGAGGAUGUCCUUUGGACUACCGGGAGGAGAUGUCAGCUCUGGUUUGGAAAAAUCCUGCUGUACCAUAUUAAACAUACGAAAGAUGUCA